CGAGGAUGUAAACAAACCUACUUAUAAACUUCCUUUGCUUCUGCUACGCUAAAGAAGUCCUGUUUUUCGUAAUUUUGAUGUAAGCAGUAUGGUAAUCAGAAGGAAAGUUCAGCAGCAGCUACAGGGAAUGUAUAACUUUCCAAAUAGAAUGAGGAAAUGGUUCAAAUGGAAAUAUGGACAAUUUCUCCUGACGCUGAAAGCAAUCUUCUACAACGAAUUCAUGAAUUCGAGUUAUGCGUCAGAGGUUGUGAUGGAGCCAAUGGUGUGGAUAGUGGAUCAUUUCUCCAAAGCACUGGGUCCGAUCUUGGUCGGAGGGGUGAUAACCCUAACAAGUUCGGUGGUGGCCAUCGUGUACAUCAUUGGCCUGCCGUACUAUUGGAACAAAUCGCCUGUGCUGACCAGCUUCCUCAUGGUCCUGGGCCACUGGCUACUGAUCAACGUGGCCUUCCAUUUUUAUAUGGCUGCGAGGACUGACCCAGGAACGCCCCCAAAGGGUAUCCUAAUCAGCGAGGCCGUUAGUGUGUGCAAAAAAUGCAUAGCCCCUAAACCUCCCCGGACUCAUCACUGUUCUGUGUGCAACCGCUGCAUACUCAAGAUGGAUCAUCACUGUCCCUGGCUCAACAACUGUGUGGGCCACUACAAUCACCGCUACUUCUUCAUGUACAUGGUCUACAUGACUCUUGGAACCAUAUUCAUCAUGAGUCUGGGCUUUGAGAUUGCCUACAAGGAGAUCUGGCUCGGGGGGGAGAUGGGUGCGGGACUAAGCCAUGCGCUAGAGUACAUGGAAGGGAAUUUUGACUCGCAUGAAGAGGAGGACCUGGAAGGAUACCCAGCCAAUGUCAAUGGCACGCACAUGAUUCCCAUAUUUGGAGGUACGACUGGGACCCCUGUGCUACUAGAGACUCCUGAGGAAGAGGAAACCAAACAGAAAAAGAAUUAUUGGUAUCGUUUUGCCAUAAUGUAUACAGGAAUGUUAACCACAGGCGUGUUCUUCUCUCUGGGAGGCCUUGCGACGUGGCACGGCAGACUCAUAGCCAAUGGAGAAACCAGCAUUGAGGCGCACAUCAACCGGAAAGAGACAGAACGACUGGCCAAGAUUGAUCAGGUUUACAAAAAUCCCUAUAAUUUUGGUACAACGGAAAACUGGAAAAUAUUCCUCGGAAUGACACAUGGCAGAGGACUGCGUCAUGUGUUGCUGCCUUCUACGCAUCCUCGCCAACGGCACUGGGCUCACGUGGCCUAAUUCCAUAAUAGCCGCUGCAAGUCAUGACAAAGCAGCAUGACAAAUUGUGUGAGCUGGUCAGAACGUUUUGUAAAGGCUUUGUAUAAGGUAGAAUGUAGUGAACACAUAACAUAUACAUUUAUAUAUAUAUAUAUAUAUAUAUAUAUAUAUAUAUAUAUAUAUUAUAUAUAUUGUAUAUAUAUAUUAUAUUUAUAUAUGUAUGUAUAUAUAUGACUGUAAAUUGUAAAUGUGUUCAAAGUAUUUGUGCAACCAAGAAAUUCUUGAUAUUUCGAGCAGUCUUUAGGAUUCCGUUUAAUACUGUUGCCUGUUGGUGCGGCCAGGGCUGGCUCUAGUCAUUUUGGUGCCCUAGACAGGAUUAGGAUUCGGUGCCCUCUCCCCCCAAUCACCACUGCCACAGUCCGCAGGUCCUCUCCUCCAGGUGAUGGUGCCCUAGGUGACUACUUAGAUAGACUAUGCCAAAAGCUGGCUCUGGGUGAGACCUUUAAUGAAUCUGUUUCUCGAUUAAGGGCAUUAGAUAAGUCCAGUUAAUGAACUUGGGAAAUUUUGGAGAUCAGGGUCGACUAUACACUGCAAAUGAUAAUAAUAACUUUAAGCAUUUUAAGUUGUUUUAUGGGCAUUAACAUUUUCAGUGUUUCCCUUUUCUUUACCAACAAUAUCUAUUUAUGUGAUACAUUUAUGCUCUUAUCAUAAGGCUUUAUAUAUGUUCUUUUGUACAAGGCCAGCUCCAUGUUAUACUUUACAGUCCAGUUUUUACAGUGCAAUCAGUGAUUAUGCAAUUAUUAUUUUCUGUGUAUAUGUAACAUUUUAUUUCUAAUGAUAAUUAGAAAUAUUUCUUAAUACUUUGAAAAUUGAAUUGUAAUUUGAUUUUGUAAUGGUUGUGAUUAUUAUUAUUAUUAUUAUUAUUAUUAUUAUUAUUAUUAUUAUUAUUAUUAUUAUUAUUAUUAUUAUUAUUGUUAUUAUUUUUGUUGUU